AUGGUUUUAAUUUCGGCUCAACCAUCAGUUCAAACCAUCGGUUUACCAUUGGUUCAACCAUUGGUUCAACUAUUGGUCCAAUCAUUGGUUCAAUCAUCGGUUCAACCAUUGAUUUCAACUAAAGAUGUUAAACCAUUGGUUCAACCAGUAUUGUCAACAGAUGCAGACAUGGACAUUGACAGAAUUUGGGUCGUUUAA